UCGUUCAGAUCAACAAGCCACUAUUUGGAAGCAGUUUGAUAAACACUCGUUGUUCCUCAUUUUUUUCUCGCUCAUUUUCCAGCAGUUUUACUCCAGGCAAGUCUUUGUAAAUCGAAAAAGACGUCGUUACUAUUUUACAAGAUUCCGUUUUGAUAAACAACUGAGUUAGAGACAUUUUCUCGUUAAAUUGGCCACAGUUAAUCUGAGCUAACCUUGCCUGUCUUCUUUUUUUGGAAACCAUUUUCAUUUUAUGACAAGAUAUAGUUACAUAAAACUGCCAUUAAACGAUUUUUUUUUUCUCAAGGGUCAAAACAACCUUUGCUAAAAGGAAUUUGCGAUCAAGCUACCUUCACCUGGCUUAACACAAAAUCCCUCUUUUUAAGAUCCUUUAAAGACCACUUGAGUCUGUAACGAUACCCAGACAUUUAACUUUUAAAUAGCCCGUUUUUGCAUCGCAGAACCCGCUCAUCUUGCCUUGAAAGCGAGCCACCUGAGUCAAGGAAGCAAGAGGGAAGCCAGUGCAGGACCAGAAGCAGCUUGUGUGCACAGCCACGGGAUCCCCUCCUCGGAUUGUUUCAUUAUAAUCAGUGUUAUUGUUGAAAAUGGCGUCGGUCGGAAUGCUGCAGAUGUUGAUUGAAGCUGCUGAAUUCCUUGACCGCAGGGAAAGAGAAGCUGAACAUGGCUAUGCCUCAAUCCCACCCUUCAUCAGCAGUCAAGAGAGGGAGAGCUUGAAAAGGAAAAGCAAAAGCAAGAAAAACAUAAGUAGCAGGUCUACGCACAAUGAAAUGGAAAAAAACAGACGAGCACAUCUACGGCUGUGUUUAGAGAGAUUGAAAUCCCUCGUUCCAUUGGGACCAGACGCGAGCCGGCACACCACGCUGAGCCUGCUCAUGAAGGCCAAAGACCACAUCAAGAGACUGGAGGAGAGUGAUCGGCGAGCACAGCACACUUUAGAACAGCUCCAGCGAGAGCAGCGACACCUUAGGAGACGCCUGGAGCAGUUGGGGGUGGAACGCACCCGCAUGGACAGCACCGGCUCCACACCGGCCUCUGACAAGUCCGACUCCGACCAGGAGGAUCUGGAUGUGGACGUGGAGGGCACAGACUUCCUGCUGGGUGACCUGGAAUGGAGCACCUCUAGUGUGAGUGACUCAGGGGACGAGAGGGGCAGCCUCCGGAGCAGCUGCAGUGAUGAGGGCUACUCCAGCGCUAGUCUGCCCCAUCUGCAGAACGCUCCUGACAGGCUCAAGCCGCUCCUGCUCACCUCCUAAUCCCAAACCAAGCACCCAAACAGCACCCUCCAGGAUUGACCAAGCGUACAAGUUGUCACACUCAAACUUCCAUCCAGAUUUUAAGACACCUGCAAUGUUAAGUUUGUAAGGUGUUGCCCGCUCUGCUACAAACCAAUCAAAACGAGUGGGAUUUCAAAGACACUCCAUUGGUCAUUUCUCCGCCUCUCUCCCAUUUUGUCCGUCCUCUGAAAAUACAAUACACCUUUCAGCCAGAGAAUGUUACCACACAAUGUCCCACUGCCUCUUUUUGUACGCCUCAAGAGCCAUGGGAAGAUCCGCCAUGGUCUUAAACACGCACACACGCACUCUCACGAAAAACCAUCUCCGAGACAGUUUUCCCAAAGUUCAAUCACACAUCUGUGCAUGGGACUUUUGCACUUUUGUAAAACGUCAUCUUUUACUACACUGUCUCUUUAAAAAAAACUUGCCGCCCUAAAUGUUAUCAAACUUAAGGCGCCAUUUUGUGAGUCUCGUGUGGACAAUAAGCUAGACUGUUGACAGCAAUACGUCCCCUUAGUACAAAGCCUGGUGAGUCGGGCGCCCAACUAACUACCCUCCCUCUGUGUAAAUGUCCACACAUGCUAUUCAAAAGCAAAAAACAGAAAAAGUUUUAAAAAUAUUCGUGCAGCAUGAGAUUGUGAAGGGGCUAGGGGGGAUUUGGGGUAGAUUUUAUUUUAUUUCCUCUCUCUGAAGACUGUGGCGCUUAUCUGAAAACCAGUGUAUGUCCUUGCUCACCUCUUGAACUUCAGCGGCGACAAGGGUACAACAAAUGGUCGCCCCGGAAUACUUGUUUGUAUUUAUGGGCAGGUACUUCGCUGUCCUCUAAAUGAGCUAAUUUCUAGUUAACUGACAGAGAACAGCCAAUAGACACAUUCCACUAAAUCUUGGGUGCUACAAGUGCAACGGCAUGGUUCAAUUUAGUAUGGCUUAGUUUUCCUGCUAGUUCAAUUUAAAUUUGUGACAUUCAACCAACGAUGUAGCCAGUUUAUGUAGCUAAAAUUAGCACACAUGUCACAAACUCAGUAAGUCUAUUGGGUGGCAGUGAUAUAAAUGCCUAAAAUAUGAGAUUUCUGAAAGGAGGAGACCAAAACAAUUAAAUAAAUAUAUAUAUUAUUCAACUACUUCUGGUCAGUUUUAAAUACUAUAGACUUAAAUUAUUUUGCAGACCUCUUAUGUGCCAGUAUAUAUGUUACAUUCAUAUAUAGCUUACUUUUCUAAACUAUGCCAGUCUAUUGAACCAUCUCGUAACACUUAUUGUGCUUAUUUUAAAGGAGAAGGCAGGUGCAUUAUUACUACUGUUGGAUGUACUUCCUGCCUGAAACGGGUUGUUGAAAGGCGGGACAAAGAACUAACCAGGCUUUAUAGAGCAAACCUGCACAGGACGUCAUGAAAUAUAUCCUCCUUUGUGCGUUUGCAUUUCAAAAGCCACUACCGAUGUCAUAUUCUAUCUAUCCAUGACUUGCCUUCAUUAUAGCUAUUUAUUGUUUUAUCAAAAGAGAAACUUUUAAUGUAAAUAGUUGAAAGAAAGAGAGAUCUCUAUGUCUAUCAACAAAUGUAUUUAUUAGCAACACUAAAUAUAUAGAAGAUAUCUAUUUAAUUAGUCAUAGCUUAUGUUCUUGUGCGGUUGUUGAGAGGUUUUUCUAAAUGUACUUUUUAUGUUUGCACAGCCUAGUCGAAUAUUUAGACUGUCUACAAUUGUGCCUCCUGGCUUUGCUGUAUGUUCACGAUUCAACAUGGUGCUCCUAUUUACAAAAAAUGAAUGGUUUUCUUUGUGGUUGAUUGAUUUUAUUUUCAAACGUAUCCUGUCUCUAAUCAAAUAGAGCCAAAAAAAAUUACAUAAGUUAGAAAAUGUGAAUUAAAAAAUAUAAAAGAGGAAGAGACAAGCUAGUGACGCAAAUUGGGAAGGUGAUUCAAAAUGGCUGAAUGUUAAUUUGAAUAUCCCAACAACCUUACAUUUCCAACAUUAGCGAGUCUCUGUUAGCGCAUGAAGAUGAUACACCAAAAAAAGAUAAAAAUAUAUAUUAUAUCAAAAUCUUUAUAAAUAGGAUUGUUUAGUUGUUUAGGGUGAAUACGCUGCUUUUUUUGUUGAAAAUGUGUAGCCACGCUAGUUCAGAACACUACAGGUGAAAUGUAUUGACGCAGGUGGGCAGGUGUCUUCAAAAAUAUCAUUUUUCUAGCCCAUACUUGUUUCGUCACUGUCCUCAGAGAGAUAAAUUCAGGGGUAAAAAUAUGAAAAAAAAGUUGCUUAGGUGGGGAAAAUGGAAACAAGAAUAUAUUGUGAAUUUUUGUUUUUCUAAGCAAAAAAGUCCACUCUAACACGUCAUGUGAAAGCGUUAAGUACUGUGCGUGGGGUUUUAGUUUGUCCAUCUACAGUCUGUCUUCCGCCUGUGAAUGAAAGGGUUGAAUGCAUGCGUGGUUGUUCCUCCCACUCACGCUGCCCGGACUCCAACAGCGCAGGCACCAAAUAGGGACAUAAACAGACCAAUUUUCACCAAGCAACGUGGUACAGUUAAGUUUUAGAUGAGCACUUAUGUGUAUGUAAACAUAUAGGGGUAGUGACAUAGCGUUAUGAUUAAGUGCAUAAGACAGGCUAGACUACUAAUCUCACAAAAACAUAGUUAGCAUAAUUAUAUUUAAAAUUUUAAAAUCUUUACAAAUGAGCAGUCGAAACUCUCAGGUAUGAAAACAAACUAAACCUUGGCCUGAAAAAAUGAUUUGUUAAAAUAAAUGGCAGCAUCUUUGUUUUACUGAAAGUUUAAACUACCAGAAAAAUAUGUUGGGUAUAAAAUGUCCCUUCAUUUUACAUGGAAUUUUCAGUGUUGGUGGCAUAGUUAGAGGUAUUUCAUUUUAUAAGUCACCAGUACAUAUAUUUGUGUACUUUUUUUCAACUUUAAAUACCAUCAAUAAUAUAUGUAAUUUAAAUACCAUCAGAGAGACUCCAACCAGCCUAAAAAUGUCCUGUCUUUUUCUUCUACCAACACAUUUGUAUUUAUUUCUUAUUGCUUUAUUCUUGUUGUAAAUUUCACCUUAUGUUCAUAUUUUACAGACAAACAUUCAAAACUGAACUGUACCAUAUUGCUCACUGUUAAGACCCACUGCUGACUUUGGUGCUGUUAACAUCUGUCUCUUUGAAGCAGGUGUGGAAACCUCGAAUAACGAACAAGAUUAAUACACAGGCACUGGCAGACCCGCUUUUUUAGCAUCAGGGCAUCUUGCGUUUCAAAAUCUUUAUUCAUUUUCAUAGCAUAGCAUUAUAACACAAAGUUGCUAUUUAUACCUUAAGACACAAUUUAAAAACACAUUUUUUAAAAACUAAUUUUGAGGAAAGUACAUAUUUUAUUCACCAAAAUUGUGCUUAUCUUUUUCAAAAUCUUUAUUUAUUCCCCAUAAGAAGAACAAUAUAAGCAUUUCAAGCAUUUAGUUAUUUUAAAAGUACUUAUAUUUAUCUUGCUACUAUCAGUAUACACUGGCAACAUUUGAUGAAUUAUUAUUGUUCUUGGAAAUCAAAAAUACAUAUUCAGUGUCCAAACUUUUUUUUUUUUUUUUUAAACUUGCACUUGUAUGAACAUUCAUUUCCAUCUUGUCUCAGGCGUGAUGCAUUACACAACUUCAUAUAACUACUACAACUACUACAUACACACAGCAUUGUCCAUCAUCGCCUCCAAUGAUCCGAAUGUCUGAAUGUUGAACAAUAACUUAAAGGUGGACGUUUUGUGCACUUAUUUUUUAAGAAUUGGGAGAAUUUGAACAGGUAAAAAUGCCAUGGGGUGAAAGAAAAACCCCAUUGGAAACAAAUUGUUGAAUGCAAGUAAGAAUGCAAUUUAUAUACUUGCCAGUCAUAUUACAGAAAUAAACAUUUGAAACCCUUGUU